UCUCGUUUUUACCCAACCGAAGAUGUUCCUAAAAAAUUGGCUCAYCGUAAGAAGCCAGGCAAGACCAAACUCAGACAGAACAUUGUCCCGGGUACUGUUCUUAUUCUGCUUGCUGGUAACCAUCGUGGCAAGAGAGUGAUCUUCUUGAAGCAGCUUGAGUCUGGUCUUCUUCUUGUCACUGGACCCUACAAAGUAAAUGGUGUUCCUCUUAGAAGAGUAGCGCAAAGUUAUGUCAUAGCAACUGGAACGACGCUUGAUGUUAGUAAGGUUAAAGUACCUGCACAUCUUGAUGAUGAAUACUUCAAGAGAGAACCCAAGAAGAAGAAGAGAACUGAGGACAUGUUUGAAGACACACCUGAGGAGAGGAAAGUCAGUGACAAGCGUGUAGAGGACCAGAAGACAGUUGAUGAUCAAAUUCUGCCACUUAUUUCCAAUGUCGCACACAUGAAAAAGUAUCUCCAAACCCUUUUCAGUCUGCGACAUGGCCAAUACCCUCAUGAAAUGAAGUUCUAAGCAGCCAGACACAAUAAUAAAAAAUCUUGUGAAUA